UCUAGCUCAAAACCUAAAGCAAAACGAAAAGAAGAUCAGACUUCGGAGCUACAAAACCCAUCGCUCUUUCUCUCCACUCUCAGUCACAGGAGCUCGCUACGCGGAGGGAGGGAGAGACACGUGCCACUUGCUCGUAGCCGUUGCAGCUCAGCUCAGCUCAAAUCAAAAUCUUCGAUGGCAAGCGCUUGGACAAAUAUGAGCAUUGCAAUCAUACAUAGGGAUAUAGAGAGGGAGUGGGAGAAUCAGGGUGGAGUUAUGGGUAUUAUUUUUUAUAAUUGGACUAUUGGAGAUUCUUGCUCACUCUCAGAAGAUCUCUACAUGUGCUAAAAUUCUGGAGAGGAUGAGGAGAUCAAAUUUUAUUUCAAUAUUAUUAUAGCAUUGGAGCAUCUUGGAGCAAAUGAGCAAUGGAGCUUGUGGAGCACGGCUCACCUCGAGGAUUGCUCUCUUGGUUUGCUUCAUUGUUUUGGUUUUGGAUUUCCUUUCCUUUUGAUAUCGUCAACAUAGUACAUGCUGAUGAUAAUUGGACAUCGCAAUAUAUAGGAAGACUUUAUUUUAGAAAUUGAGAGAAUUUUCUUUAAUUAUGACAUGUCAUCUUCUUUAUGCAGUGUAUAAUCUUCUCUAUACAAUCUUCGAGUGCCAAAUAUGAGUGGUCGUUUUUCUCGCACAAUCUAUGUAGGCAACCUGCCCUCAGAUAUAAGAGAAUGGGAAGUUGAAGAUCUAUUUCACAAGUAUGGCCGUAUAUUAGACAUUGAAUUGAAGAUUCCACCCCGCCCUCCAUGUUAUUGUUUCGUGGAGUUUGAUAAUGCCCGGGAUGCGGAAGAUGCGAUCAAGGGUCGUGAUGGCUAUAACUUUGAUGGUUGUCGUUUAAGGGUUGAACUUGCCCAUGGUGGUAGGGGUCCAUCUUCAAGCGAUCGUCGAGGUAGCUAUGGUGGUGGUGGUGGUGGUGGUGGUGGUAGGAGUGGUGAUGGGGGAGGGGGCGGUGGGAGCCGAUUUGGUAUCUCACGCCAUUCUGAAUAUCGAGUUGUUGUUCGUGGGCUCCCUUCUUCUGCUUCCUGGCAAGAUUUGAAGGAUCAUAUGCGAAAAGCUGGUGAUGUAUGUUUUGCUGAGGUGUCCCGUGAUGGUGAAGGGACUUUUGGUGUUGUGGAUUACACAAAUUAUGAUGACAUGAAAUAUGCUAUUCGGAAACUCGAUGACACUGAAUUCAGAAAUCCUUGGGCAAGAGCUUAUAUUCGGGUGAAGAAAUAUGAGGGCAGUCCCCCAAGAAGUCGUAGUAGAAGCCGAAGUCGUAGUCGCAGUCGCAGCCGCAGCCGCAGCCGCAGCCGCAGCCGCAGCCGCAGCCGUAGCCGAAGCCGUAGCAGAAGUGUAAGAAGGGACCGGAGUGUAUCAUUGGAGCGGUCUAUUUCUAGGUCAGUAUCAAGAUCCAGAUCUGCAUCUCCUGUCAAACCUUCCAGGCCAAGAUCAAGAUCAAGAUCAAGAUCUAGGUCAGGAUCUCCCCGCCAGGCACGGUCUGGUAGUGGCUGAUUUCUAUGCAAGUAAUGUCCAAACUACUCCAGAAACUGGUAGAGUUUGAGGGGAGAGCUUUAAAUCGAUUUUUGAGUGCACUUAUUUGAUGGCUUGUCUUGAUCUAAAUUAGCUAUGGUUUGCAUGGCUUGAUACUUAUCUAAGUAUGUAGUAUUGUAGUAUUGCAAACCAGUUAUUUUGCGGUUUUCUUUUUUAUUUGAGCUACAAUCUGCAAGGUAUGUGUACGUUUUGUUUUUUAAGUAAUAAUUGAGGCUACUAUCAUGGAGAUCUGUGACUUAUUAUUUAUGGCA